AUGGCAACCAAGCUCAAAUCUCACUCGGGUGCGAAAAAGCGAUUCUUCCCUACGAGCAAUGGUAACUUCAAGCGAUGGAAGGUUGGACUUCGUCAUUUGAAUUCGUCGUUUUCGCCCGAACGAGUGAACCGCCUGAGCCGCUCCACGAUCGUUAGCACGUCACAGAAAAAGAUGCUCCACAAGGUUCUGCCGUAUAAAUAA